AUGAAUGAACGGCUAACUACGCGUCAACAUGCGUGGGAGAUGAAUAUCUCUCGAAUUGCCGAUAUGAUGCUUGAACCCAAGCACUGCAAGCUAUCACCCAUGGUCACACGCGCCAACACCCACGGAAGACCGUGCGAGGUUCUGGAAGCCUUCUGGAAGGACGAUCCGGUUGGCCGGUGA